AUGGAGCUGAGCGGUAACAAGGUGCGCAAGCUGGAGUUUCUGCUUGCUGACGCCCUCGCCAAGGGAGCAGACACGCUCAUUACUAUUGGUGGCAUCCAGAGCAAUCAUUGCCGCGCGACAGCUGUCGCCGCGCGAUUGGCCGGGCUCGAGGCGCACCUUAUCCUGAGGACCAGCCGGGCUCUGGCCACCUCUGAUCCGGGCCUGGAGGGAAACCUGCUGGUGGAACGCAUGGUGGGGGCCAGGGUGCAUCUGAUCACCAAGGAGGAGUACGCCAAGCAUGGUAGUGAGCACCUGGGCAAGGUGUUGGCCGAGAGGCUAUCCGCUGAGGGACGGAAGCCGUAUGUCAUUCCUGUUGGGGGGUCAAACGCUCUCGGCACAUGGGGAUACAUGGAGGCAGUGAGGGAAAUCGAGCAGCAACUGGGCAAAGGCGAGGCGGGAGGUGCAUCGGGGUUUGACGACAUUGCCAUGGCGUGUGGCAGUGGCGGCACGUCAGCAGGGUUGGCGCUGGGAGUGCAUCUGAGCGCCCUCUCCUCCCGCGUGCAUGCCUACUCUGUGUGCGACACUCCCAGCUACUUCUACGACUACAUUCAAGGGCUUGUAGACGGAGUCACAUCGGCGCCUGGGAGCGUUGCUGCCCGCGACCUGCUGCGAGUCAUUGAUGUGAAGGGAGCAGGCUACGCCACAAGCACAGAGGAGGAGCUUCAGCUGGUGCAGUCCGUUUCUCAAAGCACUGGCAUAGUGCUCGACCCAGUCUACAGGUACGUGCGUUAA